CAGACAUGGAGGCUCAGAGCCCCGGGCCCAGCGUGUCCGGGCCGCCAUGUACCCCGAGACGGUGGAGGACCGCUCCCUGCUCAUCACCACCCAGCUGGAAGGGCAGCAGACCAACGUGCAGCGCCUGGCAGAGCCCUCGCAGAUGUUGAAAUCGGCCAUCGUGCACCUCAUCAACUACCAGGACGAUGCCGAGCUGGCUACCCGCGCCAUCCCGGAGCUCACCAAGCUGCUCAACGAUGAGGACCCGGUGGUUGUCAGCAAAGCGGCCAUGAUCGUCAACCAGCUCUCCAAGAAGGAGGCGUCGCGCCGUGCACUGAUGCAGUCGCCCCAGAUCGUGGCGGCGGUGGUCCGCACCAUGCAGAACACCAGCGACCUGGACACGGCCCGCUGCCCCACCAGCAUCCUGCACAACCUCUCGCACCACCGCGAGGGCCUGCUCUCCAUCUUCAAGUCUGGUGGCAUCCCGGCGCUUGGCAGAAUGCUGAG